GGUCUUUUCCUGUUUAUUUACUUUUUUUCCCCAAGCAGAGAGCAUAAACUACAUCGUUUUGAAGCCUAACAAACAAACAAACCAUCCAUGGUGAAAGGAGGGCAAAGCUUGCCGGCUGACGUCAUCCAAGUAAUCGAUCAGCUAGAUCGCCAUUGCUUAGCCCCCGAUGGAUCUCUCGUCUCCAAAUCCGCCUACUACGAUCUCCAACUCGCGAGAGAGGAAAUGUCGAGAGAAAGAUUACGCUACUUAGAAGCAAUGGCAAUUUACUGUGAAGCAAUAAGUAUGGUGGAAGAGUAUCAGCAAGCGGUUUCGGUGGCGAAUCUCGGCGGGAUUCGAGACCUUCAAGGUCUUUACCCGCAGCUUGGAUUGAAGAACUCUCCUCAGGUUUAUGAGACUCUAGAGCACCGAUUGGUUGUUGCAGAAGCGGGUCAAAGAAUGAGACUUCCACUUAUAUCAAAAGAUGGGGAAAUUCAUGAGGAAGAAAUUGAGAAAUGGAGUAUAGUGUCACGGAGUUCACUUGAUAGUACUGGUACCAGUCUUACUAUCAGCUCGAGUUCAAACUCAUUGAGUUAUGCAAAUAGUUCUGCAACUAGUGGUGCAGCUGCAAAUAAUGCUGGUGAUUUGGGAGAACCUGCUGUUGGCGGUGUGCCUAAUCGUUUUCUUGGAAUAACACCUGCUUAUUUGUGGCAAACUCAACUUCAGCGGCUCCCAUUGUCAAUGGAUAUGGCUGACUAUCAGUUAGCUCUUUCAAGGGAAAUUGAUGCUCGUUUGAAGUCUAAAUGUGACAAGUUAGCUGAUGCUUUUGUUGAUGAUAUUGACUCAUCUUCUGGAAAUCAAAGUUCAAGUUCUCGGCUUCCUGAAAGGGUUAAGUUGAUAAUUGAGGAGAUUGAAAGGGAAGAAGCAGCUUUGCGGGAGGAUCUGUAUUCUGCAGAUAGGAAAUUUGCAGAAUAUUAUAAUGUCCUAGAGCAAAUACUUGGAGUGCUCAUUAAGCUUGUGAAAGAUUUGAAGUUGCAACAUCAACAUAAAUAUGAUGAAUUACAGAAGACGUGGCUCUGCAAAAGAUGUGAGACCAUGAAUGCAAAAUUAAGGGUGUUGGAGCAUGUUCUCUUGCUUGAAACUUAUACACAGGAGUCGAUACCAGCAUUACACAAAAUAAGGAAAUAUCUUCUUGAGGCUACGGAAGAAGCUUCUGCUGCAUAUAAUAAAGCAGUGACACGCCUGCGUGAGUAUCAAGGUGUUGAUCCUCACUUCGAUACAAUUGCAAGGCAGUACCAUGAUAUUGUGAAGAAACUGGAAAACAUGCAAUGGACAAUCCACCAAGUCGAGAUGGAUCUCAAGCGCUUACCAGAUCAGGCAAGCACAUAACUUUGGGAUCCCGUUUGGUUUUACCUGUCAAAUUUUUUUGUAUUGUACUCAACGAUUUCGAUCCCCAGCCUUUUGUUUGUGUGCAUUUUUUGAGCAAAAUUUUAAAUGCAUUUGAUUAAUGAAUGUUCUUGACUUAUAUUCGUA